AAUAUAGCACUGAUCUUUUGCUGAAUGUAUUUACUUACAAUAUCAUUUUCAUAAUAAUAUAUGUGAAAUACAUCACAUUUUACGCUGUGUUAAGUAAUAUUAAAAAAAUUCGAGAACGUGUUCGAAAUAACUGGAAUGCUUUGAAAGAUAAUCGAGAAAUUGAGAUAAUAUGUAAACACGAAAACAUCGCAAAGUUAUUAACAAUGUUCAUAAUAGCUAUAGGCUAUUCCACAGUUUUCUUAUUCAUCUGUAUACAAUCCAGCUCAAUCGUACUCGAUAUCGUAAUACCUUUAAAUGAUUCUCGUCCGCGCGAACUUCUACUUCCUGCGGAAUAUUUUAUCGAUCAGCAGAAAUACUUUUAUAUCAUAACGAUACACGCACUAGUGGGAGUAAUUUUUCUAACGAUCAGUAUUAUGGCUACUGAGUCUUUCUCAUUAGCAAACGCAUUACACGCUUUCGGUUUAUUUAGAAUUGCUAGUUAUCGUAUGAAAAAUAUAUUGAGUGGAAUUAAUCUGACAGACAUGUGCGUAACUAAAAGAUAUAUGAUAUCUCACAACAGAAUAACUGCUGCGGUUGACUUCCACAAAAGAGCGAUCGAAUUUUCUGAUUUAUUGAAAGUUAGUUUUGGGCCAGUGUAUUUAAUUAUGGUUGCGCUGUUAUUACUUUCGACAAGCAUCAAUUUUUUCAACUUAUUACAGCAAAUAAUGACGAAAACCGAACUUGUGGAGUCAUUUCUGUCUUUCUUCAUAGUAGCCGUGCAUAUUAUAGCUUUCGCUCUAGGUAAUUAUGCUGGCCAAGAAUUUAUUAAUUGUGACACGCAUGUCUAUCGUACAAUAUGUGAUAUAAAAUGGUACAAUGCUCCAUUAAAAAUACAAAAACUGAUACUCUUUUUAAUACAAAAGACUACAAAAUGUUAUAAGGUUGAUGCUGCUGGCAUGUUUUAUCCCUCUUUAGAAGGUUUUACUGCGUUUAAAAAAUAUCUUCUGUUUUAG